AGCAUUGACAUAAGAUGAUAGAUGGAGGAGGGUAGGUGGGGGUAGUUUUUGAGUGAUGAGGAUGUUGAGAGGGUAGGCGAGGGAACGAGAGAUGGAUGCGUCAUUGAAGGUCAGACGAGGCUGUGUUCUUCAUCGAGCCUCUUGUUUUCCUAGCUACCACCACCACCACCACCUUCUCUCUCACAAUCACCACCUAACCCCUCGUUCCCCCACCUCCUAUUUAUUGAAUCCAUACAUUUCCUUCUUGUUCCAAGUCUUCGGCUGCUUGUCCUCUCUCUCUCUCUCUCUCCCCCUUUCAUUCCGUGUACAUGGCCAAGGUUAGGCUGAUAUAGGAAACCGGUGUCGUGCUUGCGGAUGAAACCUUCGUCGGAAGCUGCAGAACUGGCUUGAUUUCUUGCUUCCUUCUUUCUCUCAGGUUGUGGGUUGCCUCCUCGUUUGGGUGUCGAGUAUUGGAUUCUUUUUCUGUAUACGAUUACUCACGUUUACCACCCAUUUCAUGUUUUGAGCCCUCCUCGCUUCUCUCUCCUUGUCCUCUCGAGGAGGACGACGGUGUGUACGUCUGGUGCCUUGGCUGCUCAGAUUCCUUCUCGUUCGUCUUUUUCUUGCCUUUGCUUGGCUAUAUCUUCCUGCAGAAAGAGUAGCAACACCAGCGGCCUUCUUCCAUCUAAGCAAUCAUGAUCUCCGUUGCUUCCCAUGAGGCCCAACCCCAGAUCCCCACUUCGAGCCGUCCGCCUGAAACCCAGCCACCGGAGACGAUCGUCUUCCGGUCGAAGCUCCCUGAUAUCCCCAUCCCUCACCAUCUCCCUCUCCACACCUACUGCUUCGAGAAGCUGCCCGAGCUGUCCGAAGCCCCCUGCAUCAUCGCCGCCGCCACCGGGAAGAUCUACUCCUUCUCGGAGACCCACCUCCUGUGCCGCAGGACCGCCGCCGGAUUGUCCAAGCUCGGGAUCGAGCAGGGGGAUGUCAUCAUGGUCCUCCUCCAGAACUCUCCUGAAUUCAUAUUCACCUUCAUGGGCGGAUCCAUGCUCGGGGCGAUGACCACCGCCGCCAACCCCUUCUGCACGCCGGCGGAGAUCUACAAGCAAUUCAAGACCUCGGGCGCGAAGGUUGUCAUCACCCAGUCCAUGUACGUCGACAAGCUCCGCGCCGUCAACGAGGGGUUCCCCGAGAUCGGCGACGGCUUGAUUGUGGUCACCACCGACGCCCCUCCCGCGGACUGCAUAAGCUUCUCCCAAGUACUUGAUUCCGACGAGACGGCAAUUCCCGACGUCACCAUCGAUCCCGAGGAUCCCGUCGCGCUGCCGUUCUCGUCAGGGACGACGGGGCUGCCCAAGGGGGUGAUGCUCACGCACAAGAGUUUGGUUUCGAGCAUAGCUCAGCAGGUGGAUGGAGAAAACCCGAACCUGUACCUCAAGGACGACGACGUGGUGCUGUGCGUGCUUCCCCUGUUCCACAUAUUCGCCCUGAACUCGGUCCUGCUCUGCUCGCUGAGGGCCGGCGCGGCGACGAUGCUGAUGCCCAAGUUUGAGAUCGCGACGAUGCUGGAAGGGAUACAGAGGCACAGGGUGUCGGUGGCUGCGGUGGUUCCGCCGCUUGUGCUGGCGCUGGCGAAGAAUCCGGUGGUCGAGAAGUACGACUUGACCACCGUAAGGAUCAUACUCUCCGGAGCUGCGCCGCUGGGGAAAGAGCUGGAGGAGGCUCUGAGGAGCAGAGUCCCUCAAGCGAUCCUUGGCCAGGGCUACGGAAUGACGGAAGCAGGGCCGGUGCUGUCGAUGUGCCCCGCAUUUGCCAAGCAGCCAACCGCAGUCAAGUCCGGCUCCUGCGGCACCGUGGUCAGGAACGCCGAGCUGAAGGUGGUGGAUCCGGAGACCGGCUUCUCCCUCGGCAGGAACCAGUCCGGCGAGAUAUGCAUCCGUGGGCCGCAGAUCAUGAAAGGCUACCUCAACGACGUGGAUGCCACAUCGAAGACGAUAGACGUCGAGGGUUGGCUGCACACCGGGGACAUCGGGUACGUCGAUGACGACGAUGAGGUCUUCAUAGUGGACAGAGUGAAGGAGCUCAUCAAAUUCAAGGGCUUCCAGGUGCCUCCAGCUGAGCUCGAGUCUCUGCUAAUAAGCCACCCCUCCAUUGUUGACGCUGCUGUUGUCCCGCAAAAGGAUGAUGCAGCUGGUGAAGUUCCAGUUGCAUUUGUUGUUCGAGCUAAAGACUCAGAUGUCAGUGAAGAAGCCAUCAAAGAAUUCAUAGCUAAACAGGUGGUGUUUUACAAGAGAGUCCACAAGGUCUACUUCAUCCAUGCCAUUCCAAAAUCUGCAGCAGGAAAAAUACUGAGGAAGGAAUUAAGAGCCAAGCUUGUAGCAGCUUCUCAAACAGCGUCAACCUAAGCGUGUCUUUUCAUACCUAAAUGUGUUUAUUUAUGAGGUUUCCACACCUAUAUGUCAGUCUCAUUGAUAAACAUAUGUCUGCAUGACCUUAUUCUUAUCAAUACUACUAUGAUUUAUUUUAAAAGCAAGGAAGCUCUUUGUGUGAUUUAAGUUUCA